AUGUAUGUUCUUGUAGGUCCACUCAAAGCAAUUCCUUUAAACGAGGUAGGUCGCUGCAAUGUUCACAUCCUUGUAAUCUAUUUUAUAAAUAGUUGACCACUGAGCGUAAAAAAAUCCAAAUUCAUCACAUCACAUCACAUCAAAAAGUAAUCUAUAUUCAGUAUAUUGUGUAUCUACACUGAACGAGCAGGGGUGUAGUAGAGGGCGAUAGUUCAAGGCUCAGCCUUGCUAUAAUUUCAUUUGGGGGGAUGAUUCCCCAAUAUUACCUCGAAACUAUAGUGUUGAAAUGAAACGAUAAUGUGUUCUUGAUAUAUUAGAGACAUAAUAGCUUAGCCCAACUUGCAGUCCCAUGCAGGAUAUCGACACAAACGAUGUGAAAAUAACUUUGCUAAAUUUCUAGUUAAAUCGUUCUUUAGAAACACUAAUUGAAGAAUUGCUAGAACCAAAAAUAGAUACUGAAACUUUCCAUGUUUAUCAUGUUGACCCUUCGCCCUGCUCAUCAUCGCAAAAUGUUAUCGUUUUGUUUUACCUACAAGUAAAGAAAGUUCAACCAUUAAGUUUUCGGGUUAGAGGUGUGACGGAUUGAGAUUUACAUUCGCCCGAUUCCAACUCGAGAUGCCAACAAAUGCUUGAUACAGUAUUUGCACAUAACCUACACAUGGCAGUACCUAUAGUGUAUAUACAUGAACUUGUGGUUAGAGCUCGACAACUGGCCUCUGUAGCUCAGUUACGUUGGUUAGAGCACUGCACCAGAGUCGCAGGGCCGCAGGUUCGAUUCCUGCCAGGGACCUGAAGUUGCAUUUUUCUCUUCUGUUCCUUGUUAGGUCUAAUAAAUGUAUAUAAAUUUCCACUCGAUAAUUUCCAUCUACAAUACCCUUCAGCUAAUAUUAAAUCGAGUGAGAUGCCAAAAAAAUCUUGACAUUUUAUUAACAACAGCUGUUCAUAACAAAAGGGAGUAUAAAAGACUUACAAAAAAGUAAGUAAAACAUCUUUGGAAAAAAGCACUUGAAACAAAGUUUUUUAGCAAAACGACAACGAAAAAUCUGUCAGUGCUCACAUUAAGAUCAUUUUCAUUAGAAUUAUGUGUAGGUUCUUAGCCAAUUUCAAACGAAAGGGCAUCAGCAUUGUAUAGUAAAAACAUUGUUCUGCUGCUGUACUAUAUUCUUUAUUCUUCAGCCUCUUGUGGAUCUUAUUGAAUCAUUAAAACCAGAAAUUCAAGAUUUGAUGGAAAACUGUAAUUCGGUAAGCAAAACAUAAUAUAGAAAUUACGUUUAGUGUCUGCAUGGUCGGCAGCGUAUCAGAUUGAAUUCCUCUACUAAGGGUAUGAUGUACACUAUAGCUAUUACCGAACCUAAAGUGCACCUAACCCCAAUUUUUCUAACAUCUCAUUCCUAUAAGAACCUUUGAAAUGAUAUAUUAAUAUUGUAACUUCUUUUGAAGAUAUUCGUUUGCACACUUUGUCUCUGUUAUUUCAGUUUCAUUGAUAGGCAAAUGUCCGGAAUUUACGUCACAUAUGAAUCAUGCCUGUCAGAUGUUGGGAUCCUAGGUAGCGGCGCUACCUGCAAGUGCCUGAAGCUAACUUAUCCUUGGUCAGAAGGUUUUAUGCAUGCUUAAGUAAAGUAGAAAAUUUCAAUUUUUUUGAAUACAUUUUGCAACAUUUAGGCUACCGACCAUGCAGUUUUAAUAAGAGUCGUACUCAACACGUAAAUUCAUCAAAUGAUGCCAUCAAAAACUUAAAAUUUCCUGUUCUGUGGCUGAAUUUUAUGUAUCAUCCGAUCAAUCUUGUCGGUUUGAUAUAUUAAAAUUUUCGAGCAAUUGGGUUUGAGCAAAUUAGCGGACAUUCAAUUUUGACAAUAUGAAAAUUUCUUCGGUGCUUGGUCCCCUGUCGCAAUUUGCAAGAUUGAAGAUUCAAGUGAAACGGGCGAGUUUGGACCACUCAGGGCUAACUGCAAAUUUUCUUUGGCUACCUGCAAAAAAACUAAAUAUAUAGAAUGUAAGGUACAGUUAAAUAUCAUGAAAUAAAAAGGCUGAAUGGUGUUUUACACAGGUAUGUAAUCCUCCCACAACUCCAAACUUCAUUUUAAUGAAUCAAACUCGAUAGUGAAUAAGGUAUACAAGCUUUUACUUUAAAUCAUUGUGCAUUUGUGACGUAAAUUCCGGAUAUUUGCAUACCAAACAAACUGAAAUAUCUCAGAAACAAAGUGAGCAAACGAAAAUCUUCAAAUUAUUAUAUAUAAUUUCAAAAGUUCUUAAGAAUGAGAUGAUAAAAUAAUUGAGGUUAGGUGCACUUUAAGCAAUGUUUAACCUAUGAGACAAAAGCAGUCAAAACUGAAGUGAGGUCUUCAUGCAUUUUCUUUCUCAAAUAUAGGUUAAAACGUGGAUUCAAUUGCUCAUCCCGCGAAUUGAAGAUGGAAACAAUUUUGGAGUUUCAAUUCAAGUAAUUUCCUAUCUCUAAUAUACUCUCAUUGUUUAGGAUAAUACAGUAUACCGGUGUUUUUAUAAAUUGACUUUCGCAUUUCGUUUUCUAUAAUGAGUGGUGUUUUUGUCUCUAGUGUAAUAGACAAUAUCCAAAUUACGCUCUCAUUGUCAAGAACAAUAACACCAAGUCGAGGUUUAGUGCUAAUUUGCUAUAGAAACAUUACAAUUUAGUGCGAAGCCUCGUUCUUAGGCUAUUGUCUGUGGGCGUUCGACCAAAAUUCGGAAAUAACUAGCAAACGAAGUGAAAAAUUUAACUUGUAACAAGCUUAUAUCGAUGCUCUUUGUGUAUUUGUAGGAAGAUAUUCUUGGUGAAGUUACUCGCAUAGAAGCAGAAGCAGCAUCAUUUCUAGACCAAAUCUCAAGGUACAGUGGGUUAAUUGUCAUCAUGACAAUUGUUGACAAUUACUUGAUAUACUUAAUGUUAAUGAAUUUUUGAAGUCAUCAGAUUUUUUUUUAUAUAUAUAAACUUUAUUAAGAUGUUUACUCCAAAAACCAAGCUUAUCUAGGGGGCUCACAUAUACAAAAAAGGAUGUAUAAAAUUAAUUACACAAAAUAACACACAUAGCCUAUAUUAAGUGCAAUACGAUAAAUAACACACAUAUAUUGAGUGCAAUAUAUAUAAACAAUAAACCAAGUAAGACAGUGUUACAGAGAAGACAAGACGCACAAAACAUUGCUAGAAGAAGCGACAAGUAUCCAAAAUAAAACAUUGAACAGCACCGAACAAUAAAAAAUUUUCAUCUAAAUUUUGAUCAAAACUUCAUUCAUAUCAGGAUAAUUCUUGUAUUGUUUCUUUUAGUAUUGUACAGUAUAGUAGUUGUAAAAUUCUUGCUUGUUAUUGUAGAUAUUUCAUCACUCGAGGUAAAGUUGUUUCAAAAGUCGUCAAAUAUCCUCAUAUUGUAAGUAUUUACUGUAAUCUAAUAUCAAAUUAACAUACUUUAAGGAGGAAGGGCGUUUAUUAAGGAGAAUCGUUUGUUGUACAGCAAUGUUACUCUUCUUAUGCAACAGUUUCCAGCAGUUUGCAGAGUGAACAUAAGCCAAGACUCCUUAAAUUUAAUGGCUCUUGGGAAUCAGUGUUUAUUAGAUAUAGGACGUUUAUAAUAGAGAGAGCCGUGUAUAACCAAAUUCUGGUUUAGCCUCGGGAACUACUAUAGGUCGGAGGCGUUUAUCAGAGUGGGGUCUUUAAUCUUUAUUAGAUUAUUUACGGAGUAUAGGACGUCAUAGGUGUGCGAAGUUAGAUGUUUGUUUAGGUGUUGUUGGAAUGGUAUUAUUAAAUUAAAAUCGGUAAUAUGAUGUUAAAAUCGUUCAUUAAGAAUUAUUGCAAGUUUUAAAAUGGUUUUGAUUACUUAAAACAUUAAUAAAACGAUCUAUCUAAACAAUACGACUAAAAAUCCUGGGUUUCCGGUUUUCCGACCCUACCUAGCUUGUGGACACGGGCCAUAAUCUUUUUAUCUGAAGUUUGCAAUGCUGCAAACUUAUCGUAUACCCAGUCUGUAGCGUUAUAGUUUAGUUAUAUAAGGUGCUGUAUAACCUUCCAUCUGUGCUACCGUAAUUGACGUAGUAUAUCAUUCCCAGACAUGCAUGAACAUUUAUAAAAUAAGAAACGCAUUAACCCAGGUACUUAUUUUUUUUUUGCCUAAUCUGUGUAUGAACUAUGAUUAACAACUCAAAGUAUUUUAUGUUACAUUUACACAAUCAAGUGAUAAUCAAGCCGGUUGAUUUCGUUUUCUUAGUAAUUUUCUCGGAAAUAAUUUCCCACUAAGUAAUGCGGCGUGUAUAAGAUGAAACGUGAAGCAUUUCCACAGUACGGUUAAGUGUUGAGCAAGACAAUGCAAUGCAAUACAAUACACUUUUCCGGAAAGUAUAAUCAGUUUUGGCUAUUGAGCCUCGCUUUCGUUAUUUGAGAUAUUGCAUGGGUUUAGAAUCCUUAUCUUGUUGCUGAUGGACACAUUUACGGAAUAAAGUUAUAUAAAGAACCUUGAUAUCUAAUUAGGUCAUCAGUAACAAGAUAAAGGACUCUAAAGCUGAUAUCUUAAUCCCGAAAAUGAGGCUCUAUAGCCAGGGCUAAAUACAAUUUUCGGAAGGGUCUAAUGGGUGAUUGCUUCAAAAUACCUAAAAUACAUUGUCUUCGCAGUGCUAGACUUUCACAAUUUUUUCUGACCAUAUUUUGAUUGAUUAUAUUUUGACUAUAUAUAAUGGUAGAAGCAUAUAAUAUUGUUAUGAUACCGCACUGUAAAUAUUUUUUGUUUUAAAGGUUCAUUGAAUGUAGAAAGAAUAGUGUUUUUAUAGUGUAAUCAUGCUCUUGUCUGUUUUUGGUAGAUGGACUACAGAAGAACUGUCGUGGAAUUGGAUGAAAAAGAAUAUAUCAGCUUGAAACUGUGUUGUUGUGAACUGAAAAACCAUUAUGUAAGUUUUAUAUAGUGUAAAGUCGAACAUACUUCCAUAGUUCGAAGACGGCUCUAAGUUUAAAUGUUGAAGCUUUCUGAAGGUACUGGUCAAAAACUGAAAAUUCAUGUGGACGGAGUGUCAUCUAAACCUGGAGAAAAUGGCUAUCAACAAUAGUCUAACAAUAAGGCUAGAAUAGCUAUUGCUCGUUUGCAAUCGACGCCAUCUUGGUUGAUUUUCAAAACAUAUGUACCUGGCAACUAAAAAUCUAUAUUCUUCAUUCUUUGUCGUAUUGUACCAGAAAUCGUAAACUAUCCAUAAAAUGUAAAGAUGUUUUCAAAACAAACCAAAAAUAUUAAAGUAACUCAACUAUUUCGAUGUAAACGGCUGGACAAAACUUUAAAAUCAACCAAGAUGGCGCCUAAUGACACGUAGUGACGUCAUGCGCAAGCAAAGAAUUGAGCCAAAUUCAAAAGCUAUUUGGGCAGGGUCUGCCUGAGUCGCACACCCGUUAGACUUUGAUUGCAGGAUCCAUUCUCGUCCACCGGGCUACUAGUUAGCGACCAAUAACAAAACUCAAAAUGGAACUACCAGCUGAUCUCACACACUUGGCAGAGCACAUUUUGCAAAUACAAAACAUUUUCGAAAGCUAAACUAAUUUGCAAAAAUAAAUAGAAAUCAUUUCCGAAAUAAACUAUUUUAUUGGUGUGAUCUUCGAAGGAACGCGAAGUGUUUUCAGCGAAAAUUGUACAGGGUGCACUAAAACAUGGGCAAAUACUGCACGUGUGUGGAUGUCUAAAGAUACCUUUUUCCAAAGCCCUCCAUAUUCUCUUUGAAUAAUUUCUAGUUAUGUCUUCAUGAUGCUAUUAGCAAAAACCUGGACAAAAUAAAAAAGCCGCGAUCCUCCAACACGGAUUCAUUAUACUAACAACCUACUACCUCCUUCAUCCUACAACUCAAUGGUAUCCGAUCUGCAAGAUUUGAUGCCAGAAGACAGAAUAGCGUCCCGUAAAAGGCGGUUACCUUUGAAGGACCAACAUGUUUUCAAGUGGAACCACCCGUGAGAAAAACCAUUUAAGGAAUCUGAACUUAUAUAAAUAUUUCAACACUCUAAAAAAUCUCUGAGUAUUGUGACUUAAAAACUUGAGUAAAAUAAUGCACUCACAGUGACUGAAAUUUAUGAGCAAAUUUACUCAAAGUUUCAAAUUUACUCAAUUUUUGAGUAAAUACUUAUAAAAUUAUUCAAAUUUGCUCAGAAAUUUGAGUAAUUUUGUAUACUUAAAAUUUUGGCUCACUGUCGUCACAUUACUUUAAUCAUUUUUUAAAUCAAAUACAAAAGUCAAAAUUUUUUGCAAUGAAAUGAUUUUCAUAACGUGAUUUUCACCAUAGUUGACGUUAUAAUUUGUGGUAGAUCAAGCACAAUGGGGAAUUAAUUUGAAUGGAAAACGGGACAUCGGAUAAGUGUGCAGCUUACUUUUCUGAAAGUGCUCUCCACCACUACCAUAAAUGAAAAUUAAAAUAUCAGCGUGUACUGUUUGAGGCUGACGCUAUUUUUCUAAUGAUCUUCUUUAGCGGUGUGCACCACACUGCCCAGUACCUACUUUAUGAGCCCACGCAAAAUGUAUUGUUUUGAUAUUGAAAACAAAAGUUUUGAUAUUGAAAACAAAACAAAAUCCAUAAAACCAUAUUUACGUGAUGUAUAAAUAUUGUGUAUAAUAACUUAGUAACUUAGAGGUGGGUUUAGGGUAGGUGUUUAGGUUAUAACUUGAAUUAGGGUAAAUGCUAGUAUAUUUUCAUUGCCAGUACUAUUUUUCCAUUGUGAGAGAUUGCAGGUGUUUUCCAUUGUGCUUGCUGUGCUUGCAUUAUGGUAUCGGCUACGUUGAGACUUCUUAUAUAUUUUUGUAUUAUAUUUAAAGUUGAGUGCCAGUGCAUGUUGGCCGCUUUGUUUCACGAAAUAUAACAAAAUGUUAGGCUUUGUUUAUCGCUACUCAGAAAAAAUACUACAAGAACUUUUACAUUAUUAUAUACUUUUACAUUAUUAUGUACUUUUUCAAGCUGAUAAUGGGUAAUAAAAUCCAGAUUGGAAG